GCAGUGCGGCGCGGCAUGCGGCCCCGCCCGCUGCUGCUGCUGCUGCUGCUGGCGUUGUUGCGCGCGCACGGCUUGCUCGCCACCUCCGGAGAAGAUUACACAGUGGACGAUUCAUUCUGGAAUGAAGAAAACCCAAUUGAAGUGGAGCGUCUGCUCCGCGAGUACACGCAAAAUCAGGAGCUGGUGAGAAAUAUAGGCGCGCAUUACUACCAGAUAAUCUACCCUGUGCAGCUCCGACACCACGAGAAAAUGGGGAUCUCCACGCGGGAAGUCAACACCCCUAAGGGACGAUAUGGACCGGACUACCAGGGUGUUAGCCGACCACGAUCAAGGACCGGCAAACACUAUCACCGCACUUCGCUUCUAAUCAAAGCGUUCAACCACAAAUUUAGACUGGAUCUCGAGCUUAACACGCAACUUCUGGCGCCAAACCUCCGUCAAACCAUCUACCAUCCAAAUGGAGCUGAAAGUGAGAUAAGAACGGAAAUCGAACACUGCUACUAUCACGGGACAGUUAAGGACUAUCCCGGUGCUUCGGCCGCAUUCCACACAUGUAAUGGUGUGUCGGGAGUCAUCCACAUCGGGAAUGAGACGUUCGUCAUACAUCCCUUCUACGGCGGUGAUCUCUCGAAGCACCCUCAUGUUAUCUUUGAGGCGCGAACCAAGAUGAACCGGGGCUGUGGCAACAAACUCGAGUACAGACAAAAGACACACCGAUCUAAGAACUUCGCUUACGUGGAGGCCCCUCUAAUGGAAAACCAUGGAGCUUUGCACUCAGACCUUCUCUCCUGGCAAGAAUGGAUCGAGGCAGGCCGGCGUCUCCGUGAGCGUCGAGACGUCCGGGAAACCACCAAGUACAUUGAGACGGCUCUUGUCAUUGACAAGUACAUGUUUGAGAAAAGAAACGGAAGUACGCGCACCGAGGUCGUUCAUGACGCUAUUCAAGUUGCCAAUAUUGCGGAUCUGUACUUCCGUACAUUGAACACUCGAGUGUCAGUGGUGUAUAUCGAGUCGUGGCAAAGCGCAGACCAAGCAGACCUAGACCGGAAGUACGACAUCACGCGAGCCAUUCAAAAGUUCAGCGACUACUCCGCCCGGAAACUGUACAAAAUUGAAAAGGACACCACGCAGCUACUGUCCGGACAAAUGUUUCCUGGAGGCGAAUCGGGCAUAUCAGUGCCCGAUACAAUGUGCACACCGAAAUCUGUCGGCAUAUCCGUGGACUACAACACUUAUGAACCCCAUAUCUUGGCAGCUACCAUGGCCCACAUGAUUGGUCAUAAUAUAGGUAUGGGUCACGACGAUGGCCGAGAACAAUGUUUCUGCCGGGACUGGCAUGGAUGCAUCAUGUCUCAAUCUAUAGUUGGUCUGGAGAAUGUCCAGCCAUACAAAUUCUCAGACUGCUCCAGGAACGACUACAUGAACGAACUUAGGAUUGGCCAAGGGCUGUGUCUACUUAACAAACCAAAUGAGUUGGUUGUACAUCGUCAAUGCGGCAACGGUCGUCUGGAUGAAGGGGAAGAUUGCGACUGCGGAACCAUCGCCGAGUGCCAGAACACGAACCCAUGCUGUGACCCCUUCACCUGCCGCCUUACAAAGGAAUCCCAGUGUGCUUCUGGCGAGUGCUGCGAUAAGUGUCAGCUAAAACCCCGAGGCAUUGUAUGUCGGGACUCCACCAACGAAUGUGAUCUAGAAGAGACCUGCACUGGCUUAUCUGGUGCCUGCCCAAUUGAUUCAUACAAAAAGAACGGCGAGGCAUGUGAAGCUGGCAAGGGGUAUUGUUUCGCGGGACAGUGUCCCACUCUCUCCCUGCAGUGUGAGAAGAUCUGGGGACCUGGGACCAUCGGGGCUGACAAGCAAUGUUUCGAGCAAUUCAAUUCGAAAGGCGCAGUGACUGGACACUGCGGGAAAGACAGUGGUGGAAAUUAUAUCAAAUGUGACAUGGAAAACGUUCGAUGCGGUUCACUUCAAUGUCAAUUGGGAAAUAGAUACCCAAUAGUGCCCGGGAUGGACGAAUACUACACAAGGACAGUUAUCACAAUCAAAGGAAAUGAAUAUGACUGCAAGGCAACUACAGGUCUACUAGAACACGAGGAAGUGGGUCCACUAGGGCUGGUACGGGACGGCACACCUUGUGGAGACAAUCUGAUCUGCGUCAACCAAACCUGCACUUCCAUCUUCCCCUUCAUCGAUCACACCAAGUGUCCUACGGAUCACAACAACCACGAGUGCUCUGGAAGAGGGCUAUGUUCCAACAUGAACAAGUGUGUGUGCAACCGCGGGUGGACAGGACCAGAUUGCUCUCAGCCCGACGCGUUGCCACCCCUUCCCACAGCCUGGGUACCAGAAAACUCUACCAAGGCCGCCUACAAUAUGACAAAGAAGGAAACGCCGUAUGAGAACUACCACGGCUCAAACACGGUAUUCCUCGUGGCGGUCCUCAUGUCUGUGGUAGGGGGGGUAUUCAUAGUAUUUGCCCUGAGCGCUCUCUGCUACAGGUCAGUCGUAGUACACAAAAACUUCUCCCUGUGCCUAAGGAAAAAGAGCACGCUGCCGAAAUAUGACCCUCCGUAUGUCAAGAAACCUAUCGCUAAGAGCUUCGCGGGCGGAUCUACCACAUCCAACAACUCGCAAGAGGAUAUCUCCAUGGAGACCGGGAAGUUACAUUCUUUCAACAACACGUUCAGCCGUGGCGACUCGCAGCGCGUUAUCUUCAGACAGGGCAAUCACAUGUCUGGUGCUGGUGGCGCUGGCCGAUAUCCAGACCACAAUAAGAUGAAGCGCGUCCAUUCUGGUAGUGAAGAUGACCCAACACAUUCGGGUGAAGAAGAUAUAGCAUUUAUUGACGUGACACCUGGUAAUAUGUCAAAGCUGCCAGAGAAAGGUAUUCUUAAGAAGCACGGCUAUGGAGCUAUAGAUGGUAAAGAUAAAUGGGGAGACGACUCACAAUCUGAACAUCUGGAGGCAGGUUCCCAGUCAGAUGGCCAGGAACCUGCUGGAGCUGUUGCUGAUAUGGAAUACAAGUUUAAGGAUUUAAACGGCUACCACGAGAAUAUAAUUGAAGCAUUAAAAACAGCAGCGGCUCAUCGUGCCUCAGGUGCCUCGGGAUCGGGAGACCUUCAUGCUUUACAGGACUUCGUAUACAAAAGGGAGAGGGCACCCAGUGCUGAAAAGAUUCAUGAGGCAGAGUUUAGAAGGCAAAGGGGUGAGGAGGAGGAAGAUGACCCACCACCAUGCGUACCUUUUCGCAUCAGAAACUUGGAAGACCUCAUCCGGCAAUUGGAACAGCACUCCAGUCGGCACAUGAGCCCCUCUGGUUCCGAAGAUAUCAGGAUGUCAGAGACUGAAGCUGAUAGACAUUAUAGGAUUGAAGAUGUGCCACCGCGGUCGGCCGAUAGUCGGUGCCGUGGUCGUCCUCCACCGGGCGAGGAAGAGACGCGCUUUAGCUACAGAGGCUUCCGGGGCAGCGGGCGGCACCACUCAGCCAUAUUUGCUGCACCCGCUCCGGGCUUGCUUGCGCACGCGCACGCGCCACAUUCGCACUCGGCGCAUCGCGUCCCACCCGACGACGACGCUCUCUACGAGACGGCCGACGCUGAACGACUCAGGGACGCACCCGAUAGCGAAAGUGAUGAAUUUAUUCAAGCUCAACAACAGUUAGCCCGGUGGGCGAGUGAAGAGACGGUGGCCGCGCGGGAUUACUUCCCAUCGCCAGUCGGCAGCUCAGCCAGCGACCGCCCCGCCGCAUUCCCGGAGUACAAUCACUGACCCUGCAAUAUCGACACCGCUAGCUUAGGACGCACAUAGUGAAUGCGCAUGUGAAUACGUAUUAAUCGUUAGAUUGUCAAUGUACAUAUAUCAUAAAGUGCACGUUAUGAUAUGACUGAAAUAUUUAGUUUAGCGUUACGCCCCGAGCGUGCCCCGCGGCGGCGUCGUUCGUGGAGCGAUGUUAUGUUCGUUUUAAAUCGAUACGCUUUAUGUCUAACGCGCCGCGCGCGACGCCACCGCGGCCGAGUGUAUGUCUAGAGUAAGUGACUAAUUGUUCGAUGGAUGUAGCUGUAAGUGCGGUGCCGAGGUCCUUGUCGCGUCGAGCUCGGCACUUGUGAAGACGAGCUCAACUAUCCGCUACUUAGAUAGGCGUUUAACAAAUUACAUAAAUGUACACAAGCGAAGCUUUAACGUGUCACGAGUUAGUUGGAUUGAUAAGGUUGAAGCGCGAGCUCGGCGACGUGUAGAUCUGUGAGUUGUUUGGUUCGUCGCAGCACGAAGGCGGGCAGCCGUCCCCGGAGAGUCAGUCAGUCGCUAUCAUACCGCAUCACCUCUCCGACAAACAGCCCACUUCGCGAGGUUUAACUUAUUGACACUGGAUAUUUCGAUUGUCUCUUUCGUUUCGGAUUCUCAAAGGCGUUAACGUCACUCUAGCAACUAGUUUGAAAUUCAGAGAUCUCGCAACACCAUGCACUAUAAAGUUUUUGUAUCUAGUCUAUUGCGUACACAUGUUCUAAAUAGGUUACGUUAAUGUGAAUAAAAGUUAUUUCGGAUUUUAUCAGAACAUAUAUUGUACCUGUAUAUGUAUAUUAUUAUAAUUGUAUCUAUUAAAUUUAACACGAAUUUACCCAAACUUGUGGAAGAUGUUGUACACAUACUGACGAAACGUCACGACUCGAAGCGUUUUUUAAUAGAAACGCGAAAUAGAUUAGUUUUAGGUAUUUAAAAUCAAAUAUUACCGAUGGAAGUUAUAGUUCGAUUGUAGUUUAAUAUGUCAGAAGAGUCUCGGUGCUUCGUCAGGGAUGGUCCCUAUAUGUUAUAGUUUUUCUGUUUUAAUUUAUUGUGACAAUUUAGGUCGUUAUCGUUUCAUUCGCGUUUACGCUAGGUUAGGUGGCUUCGCCACGUUGUAACUAGUAGUUAAAGUAAAAUCAAUGAAUAGACAUCAACAAUUCGUUUAACUUCAAUGUGGAUGAAUCGUCGUCUGUGCGGCUUUUUUAUAACUAAGAUGAUGUGCAGUAUGCCCGUUUCGAGCUCAAUACACUUACUUCUUCAGUGGAUUAAAAAAGCUGUACUGACGUAUUUCGUUAAAUAUACAAACGAUGUUGAGCCUGAGGGUCUCGAUUUUAAGUAAUUAAUCUUAUAGGUAAUGGUUAUAAUGUGUAAGUCUAAAUAGUAAAAUAUUAAUUCGUACAGGGUAGUCAUAAAUGCAAUACUCUGUGACUGGGCGUGGCACUUGCUCUCGUGUACGAGUGAUCAGAUAUUCUACACUUUAAACUAAGAUAAAACUCGAUAUCGAGAGAAAAUUAAAUUGCAUCAAAUAAAUAACAUCUCUAAGUCUGCAUGUUUAAAUGAAUAUCUAUCACUAUCGCGUAUUUAAUAUUGGUAAAGCGUAUUGUCGACACGUCGCGCCCAGUCGGCGUCGCGUGCGCGAAUCAUUCGAAACAUCCGUGCGUGCGGUCGAGACCUAAGACGGUAAAUACGGGUAUAGUUUAUUACGAUACCAAUAUUACUUCUUACUCUGCAUUAAGUCCAAAACACUGCCAGAGACAGUGAGGUAAUUAAUAAGUAUCACGUAAUUAUUUGUAGGCAUGAAAAAUUUUGGUAAGACGCUCAAUUUCCAGUCGUGUGUAUGUAAUUUUAAACCGUUGUUGUAUAAUUUAAAUAGUAAUUGAUGUGUAUAAGAAAAGUAGAUAACACUUACCUUAGGUAGGAAAAAAACAACAGUUUAUAUUGGUUGUACGAUUACCUAUGUCUAUAGAAAAUUCACUCUGAGAAACAGUUGCUAAGAGUUCAGACUUCAGUUCAUUAAAAAAGAAUUUAGCUAAAGUAUUCAUCGUUUGAUUACAGCGGGGAAAUACAAUAUUAUAAGUUAAAAUUAGAAAAGGGAACGUCGUAAUUUUGCACACUUCACAAAUAUAAGGCACUGCUUUUGACGAUCAAUUUUGCUGGUAAUUUUUUUUUUUUUUUUUAGAUUUUUAAAUAACCGUUUAGUUACAGUUAUUUUAAUUCGCUAAUAUGCAGUCGUCCUCAGUUGUUUUAUUUUAUAAAAGUACAGGUGUUUAGCAGAGACAUUCUUAAAAUAAAAUAUCGUGUUAGAUGUCUGUUUACCAUUAAAAUCCUCUGUAUAUUAUCUAUAUCGUUAUCUUCUGUCGUGUGUAGUCUGUGUGACCGACCGCACUCGCGUGUCGCGCGGGCCUAAAACGUCAAUUUGCGGACGCCGUUUACCGCCAUU